AUGACAAGAUUUGUCAAACUAAUUUACUUCCAAGUCCCAUCGGUAAAGCUAAGUGUCUCACGUUUCCCCUAUCAACAAUGGCCAGUAAGGCCAUAUCGUUCAGUUAGUUCAGCGAGUAACAGCUCUGUCACCCCAUCAGAAAAACGUGAAAACCUUCCACUAGCUAGUGUAACUGAGAAAGUAAAACAAACGACUAAAGAUGUUGGGUAUUUUACGGUAGUCCUUGGUGGCUUUGCGCUUACAGGCACCAUCUUAUAUGCAAUAAUUCAGGAACUUUUUUCAUCCAGGAGCCCCAAUGGUGUUUAUGACGAUGCCUUCAGAAUUUGUAAGACUGACAGUCGAGUGCUUGAUUUUUUUGGAAGUUCUCUCAAGGCUCGUACCAGCCCCGAUAGUCGUCGUAGAAGACAAAAUAUUGCCUAUGACUCAUGGCAUGAUGACAAAGGUCGACUGCAUAUGGCAAUGAAAUUUUACAUUAAAGGCAAUUUGGCAUCUGGUGUAGUUUAUCUCGAGGUUGUUGAAAAUGAAUCUAAAGAAUUUGAUUAUCGAUAUCUGAUUGUAGAAACAGAAGGUGGUUUCUCAAAGAAACAAAUUAUACUUCGUUCGUCCUCAGAAGUUGAUAAUCCUAAUUUAUAA